GCAUCAAUAAUCAUGAAUGAUGACAUAAUCAAGUCAAAUGGUGAUGUUCAAUUAUCAACUAAUUUAAGUGAAAAUGAAGUGACUAAUAAAAAUCCCAUGUAUUUAGCACAUGAUUUAACAAACGAACAAAAACGAACUGCUGAUGUUUUAGACGAGAAUUAUUUGAAUACAACAAAUGGAACUUGUGUUAAUAGUCGUAAUACACUGUUUGUGGAUUUACAAUUAUCUACACCUGUAUUACAUGGACUACAUGAUGCUGGAUUUAUACGACCAUCACCUGUACAAGUUAAAGCAAUCCCUUUAGGUCGAUUAGGUAUGGAUUUAAUUGUUCAAGCUAAAUCUGGCACCGGUAAAACUGUUGUCUUUGCUGUAGUUAUUUUGGAAGCGAUCAACGUGAAACGACCCACUAUACAAGCACUUGUUUUAUCGCCAACACGUGAAAUCGCAUUUCAAUCUCAAAUGGUUAUUGAACGAUUAGGUAGUCAUAUACCUGGUUUAAAAUGUCAUCUAUUUGUUGGUGGCUUACCUUUAGCUGAUGACUUACGUCAUUUAUCCAAUUGUCAUAUUGUUGUCGGUACACCAGGCCGUGUUCGUUAUUUAUUAGAAGCUGGUUAUUUAUCUACUGAACAUAUUAGACAAUUUGUAUUAGAUGAAGCUGAUUUACUUUUAUCCGGUGGUGCAGAUGCUAAAUUAACUGGUGGUAGUGUAAAUAAUGCAUUUCCAGCUGAUAUUAAUUAUAUUUGGUGGAAUUUACCACAAUCGAAACAAGUAUUAGCUUUAUCAGCUACAUAUACAGAUUAUUUAGUUAAUGAACAUCUUCCACGUUAUAUGAAUGAUCCAGCAAUUAUACGAUUAGCUGUCAAGGAUCCAGCUUUAAUAGGUGUACGACAAUUUUUUCAUCUUAUUCAACCAACUACACGUGCUCCAGCUUCAGUAUUUGAUGCUAAAGUAAAAUUUCUAUGCAAACUACUCAAUGCUACGGAAUUUCAACAAUGUUUAAUUUUUUCAAAUUUUCAUAACAAUGCUCAAGAUUUAUGUGAUGCAUUGUGUUCACGUGGUUGGCCAGUUAGUUAUAUUUCUAGUAGUUUAGAACAAGGUGAACGUUUUCGUGCAUUCAAUAAAUUGCGCACAUUUCAAUGUCGUAUUCUUAUUACUACAGAUUUAACUUCACGUGGGAUCGAUGCGGAAAAUGUCAAUCUUGUAGUCAGUUUGGAAGUUCCAUGGGAGCAUGAAACUUACGUACAUCGAGUGGGACGUGCUGGUCGAUUCGGAAGCUAUGGAGCUUCUGUAAUCAUUGUUUCAGAUGUAGGCGAUGAAUGCAAUCUAUUGAAAAAGUUACAAGCUAACUGUCCAACACAAAUUCGUGAACUACCUGAUUCUAUACCAUCAGAUUUAACAACAUCGGAUUGUUCAAUUGAAUUGGACAAUUUAGUGACUGUGACAAAUCGAAUGAAUCAUAUUCAACCGCGUGCAAUAUUUAACAUGAUCACACCAAAAAUGAAGAAAUUCCAAACUAAUAGUAAAUCACACAAUAAUUCAAUUCAGUCAUCUAAUGACUUAUCGUUACUAUUAUCUGAACAAAAUAAAGAGAAUAUUGAAAAGAAGAAAGUUACUUGUAAUAAUUUAACAAAUUUAAAAAACAAACAACACAAAUCUACUACAAACAAUCAUCAUCAAACUAUCAAUGAUAUUAACAUUGAUCAAAAUGAUUUCGUUGAACGGUUAUCGAAAUACAUAAAUAUAGUAGAAUUUGAAAUUGACUCCGUAUCCCCGUUGGGUACCACCAUCGCUUGGGGAAAUGAAUCUGCACAGAACGUGGAUAAAAUUGAGAAAGAUCUCUUAAAUUUAUUUAAUUAUCAUCAUAAAAAUGGUGUGGAGGUGUUGUCUAAUUCAGAAAUUGCAAAAGAUACUAACAACAUUGAUAACAACUAUGCCAUAACUAACACUUGUGAAAUUAAUCAAACUCAUCAUCACUCUAAUAGCGAUAACAGUUGUUGUACUACAGAUGACGACAUUAUGAACGAUAAGAAUGUCAAAACGAAAAACUCUGUAUCACAUUUUAAAAAAUAUCCUACCAAAACAAGUAAUUUCCACUGGACUUGUAAACAAAUUUCAGCUUGGUAUGAAUAUCAUAAAUUACUAGAUUACGCAAAUUAUUUUUAUACUGAAUGGAAUUCUUCUAUGAAAGAAUAUAAUCAAGCUGUAGCCUAUUUAAACGAACUUCAACAAUUGAAAUAUUGUACAGAUUAACAAAAACAAAUAUUGUCAAGUAAUUCCACUGAAUUUUCAGCGUCAGCUGGGGACUCAUUGUAUUUGCUUAUUUGAUUUGAAAAAAUCUCUAUAUAUAAUGCAAUAUAAUUUAUUGCUGAAAAUAAAUCAGUGUUCUUUUCAUUCAUUAUGAACUGUUAUUGUUGAUUUACAUGACUAAUACUAAUACUAAUACCAAAAUUUCAUGUGUUUAGUUAUUUGUGUUAAUAUUUAAUUUUGGAAAUCUUUGUAUGUCUCAUUGAACAGUGCACACUCUAAACUUACUUUCAAUUUCCUUAUUUU